GGGUGAGGGGUUGCGUCAGUUCCGCUGACGCGCGGCCACUUCCGCAGCGCCUCCUUGGUUCCGGCGGCGGCCGCCCUGAAAGUGACUUUGAGCGGUGUCGGUGGCGCCGGUGCUUGAUUAGCUGCCUGCAGGCUCCUGAAUCAUCUCAGCCAUGGCAGAGGACAUCAACACCAAGCUGGCCAGGUACAAGACAGCUCCAUUCGACAGUCGCUUCCCCAACCAGAACCAGACCAGGAACUGCUGGCAGAACUACCUGGACUUCCACCGGUGCCAGAAGGCUCUGGCAGCCAAGGGAGCAGAGCCAGGCCCCUGCCAGUGGUACUACAGAGUCUACAAAUCCCUCUGCCCAACCUCCUGGGUGACCACGUGGGACGAGGCCAGGGCCGAGGGCACCUUCCCUGGCAAGAUCUGAGCGGGAAGAAGACCUCCAGGGAGUGUGGGGGGGAGGGGCAGAGAGCUGGCAGUGCCUGGGGGGGGCUGGGGAUGGCCCCCCGAGGGU